UUUUGUCUCCCAAUUUCAGAGGCUCCAUAUUGGAAUUUAAAAGGCCGAGCUGCCGUGGAAGAGGCGCUACUGCGACAGAGGCUCAACGUCAACAUCGCCAAGAAUAUCAUCUUCUUCCUCGGUGACGGGCUCGAUGUCACGACGACCACGGCGGCGAGGAUACGAAAGGGCCAACUCGCCGGCGGUAUGGGCGAAGAGGCAUCGCUGCACUUUGAACAUUUUCCUCAUGUUGGGCUUGUAAAGACUUAUAACACAGACCGACAGGUCCCCGAUUCGGCGGGAACAGCCACCGCCUACCUGUGUGGGGUGAAAAGUAAAUUCGGGACUUUGGGUGUGGACGAUCGCGUGGAAAGAGGGAAAUGUACAUCGAUAGAGGGCGCUGCUGUCGAUUCGAUUUUAAUAGAUUCGAUGAAAGCUGGUAAGAGUACUGGAUUGGUCUCGACAGCGAGGGUCACCCACGCUUCGCCCGCCGCGCUCUACGCCCACACACCCGACAGACGGUGGGAGAACGACCACGAUCUCGAUGAUCGCGACAAAAGAGAAGGCUGCAAGGACAUCGCCCUCCAACUCAUCGAACACGGGAAGAACAUGAACGUUAUCAUGGGCGGUGGUCGUCGCGAGCUGACGCCGCGCAACGUGGAAGACCCCGAGUACGACGGCGACUACGGGCAGCGUCUCGAUGGUCGUAAUCUGAUCGAAGAUUGGCUCGAAGACAAGGAUCCCAUGAGGUCGCACUACGUGUGGAAUCUUCAGGAUUUUAACCGAGUCAACGCAGAGACCACCGAUCAUCUUAUCGGCCUGUUCCAGCCAUCGCAUAUGAAAUACGAGACGGACCGGCGAUGGGACAGGGCCGGGGAACCUUCUCUUGCUCAGAUGACAGAGAAGGCCAUCAAGAUUCUCCAAAGGACCAGUGAUAACGGAUUCUUCCUCUUCGUCGAAGCUGGUCGAAUCGACCAUGGUCAUCACGACGGGAUGGCACUGGACGCCCUGACCGAGACCCUUGCUUUGGACGAGGCCAUCGGUGUCGCUCUCCGCCUCACGAGCGCCGAAGAUACGCUCAUCGUGUCGACUGCCGACCACGCUCACGUCAUGACCAUGGCUGGCUAUGCAUCCAGAGGAAACCCCAUUCUCGGCCUUGAGGACCAUUACCUUGCCGAUGACGAUCUACCAUACGCAACUCUCAGCUACGCCAAUGGCCCUGGGGCCAGACACAUGGCAUCUUCGUUCCAGAAGCAUGGCGCUCGUGAAAAUUUAACAUCAGUGGACACAGAGGAAACUGGUCACCGACAGCAGGCGCUAGUCCCCUUCGACGAGGAGACGCACGGCGGCCAGGACGUCAUGGUGUACGCUCGGGGCCCCAUGGCGCAUUUAUUCCACGGCGUUCAGGAGCAGAGCUACAUACCUCACGUGAUCCGGUACGCAGCGUGCCUCGCGGGCGAGACCGAGCACUGCACCAAUGGGCAGGCCCGUUGGUGCGAGGGAGGUACUGCGAGCGCGAGCAGUAGCAGUAAGACAAAGGAACAAGCUGAAGUUGAGGCCCACGUGGGCGCGUCGGCCGUAAGGCGGACGCACGGUGGAAUGUUCCAAGUUAUUGCGUGCGCGUUUUUAGCCAGUUGUAUUAGGUGGAUGCUGCAAACGACUGCAUGAUGUGGGCGAUAUUUUUUAUAUUAUUAGUUUUAAAAAAUGUCCUGUUUUAAACUCUCUUUGAUGGCCAGUAUUCUACUAAAAUUUAAACCCGAUGCUCCGCCUAGCUUAACUUUGGUUCAAAAUCUGGUUUAAUGACCGUGAAAGGAAGUUGUCUGAAGUCUAUCAGAUAUAAUUGCGUGAUCUUAAACCCAGCGUCGGGUCUAACUUAUAUAGUAGAAAACGAUCCUUCACGUUUCGCAUUCCAUAAUAAACGGGUUACAGCAAAGUAACGGAGGAUGUUGAAUGUUAAA